GACUGUCACUCGUUCUAGAACACGGCUCGACGUGUCCAUCCUCGACGGACUUCGGACGGUCGGACGGUCCCCAUCGCCCGACUUCUCGAUUACCUUUCGACGCGGCUCAACAUUGAAUCGUGUCAAUGACAUGCUCCUUGUUGGACUUCACGUCACCGGAUCAUGCUGCUGUGCGCCUUAUCUCGCACCUCGCCAUGACAUACACUGUUGACUCUGUGGCCUGAGCAUUUGGCCAUCAAGGACUGUGAUAGCCCUCACAAUGGAGGACGCUUCGCAAUCACCUGAGUUGCCAGCAGACGAAAACUCCAUAGACGAGGCCAAAGCAGCGCGAAGACGCCGAGAGAAACCUCAAUUGUCUUGCAGCCUUUGCAGGACACGCAAAUUACGAUGCGACCGCCAGCAGCCGUGUCACAAUUGCGUGCAUAGAGGUCUAGCCGAAACGUGCACCUAUCCCCAUACUAAAGUUUCACGUUCAAAGACGACUCAGUUGCAUGCGUCGCCCCAUUUAUCACCAACCGUACGCGGCCGGGUCAAGCAACUCGAGGAUCAGGUUGUCUCGCUGAUGGAAGCUCUCAACGGCACCCCAGUUCCGGCACAGGCAGGCGCUUCAACAAGGACUUCUGCUCAAAGCAUCCGUCCUGAUAGCAAUGGGGCGUCAGGGAAUCUGAAUGAUCUGGCACCACCCGUACCAGGCCUUCCAGGCUAUAUGGAGUAUACCCGAUCCGCGGUCAACUACAUUGGCAACUCUCACUGGCUUUCCAUUUUAGGAAAUAUUUCCGACCUCAAAGACAUCGUGAAGGAGUUCGCACCGAAACAAGGUGACGAGACUGUCAUGGACAACUCCAUGCCAGGAACCCCGGACCUUUUGUCUGGAACCAACCCGAAAGUCGGCCGCAGAGAGAUCUUGAACGCUAUCCCAUCAAAACCUGUGGUGGACACACUCUUUGCUGAGUUCUUCAUCAACACUGAUAGCGAGAUCAUGUUAGUUCAUCCGCCCACAUUUCGCAAAGAGUACGUACAAUUUUGGGAGGACCCUUCCUCCAUGCCCAUCAUGUGGAUCGGUCAACUAUUUGCGUUCAUGUGCCUAGCAAUACAGUAUCAGCAAUUUUCGCUGGUCGAAGCACGAAGGCUUCAGCUCGCCGAUUAUGAUCCAGAACGUCUGAUGGAAAGCUUCCAUGCAAAGACCGCUCAAUGUCUUUGCCUUGGCGGAUACUCAGAAGGACCGCCCUAUACCGUCGAGACUCUGCUGCUCCAUCUCUUUGCAAAGAUUCUGAGGGCCAACAACACAGAAAGCAACAACAGUUGCUGGGCAUUGUGGGGUCUCGUAGUCCGCAUUGCUAUGCGAACAGGGUAUCAUCGCGAUGGUUCCUAUUUUCCAACCAUUUCUCCUUUCCAAGCAGAAAUGAGGCGGAGAGUGUGGAUUAUGAUACUCCAAUGGGACAUGUUCCUAGCUCUGCAACUUGCGUUGCCUCGGAUGAUCGUGCCAUCCCAAUACGAUACGGCCGAUCCGCGCAAUCUUACCGAGGAUGACUUGGACAGUAACUUACUCGAGCUUCCGCCUGCGAGACCGCCAUCAGCCAAGACGAACGCCCAGUUCCAUGUCGACAAAAAACGACUUAUCGAGGUGAUCGCCGAGGUUGCUGAUAUUUCCAGUUCAGUUAGGCCACCACCGUAUACUGAGAUAUGGAGGUUAGACGAAUUGCUCAACAAUACUUAUGAGUUUAUAGCGCCUACCUGGCAGCCAGAGUCUGUCCCGUCUGACGCGCCGAGAGCGAGUGUUGGAGUCCGAACCAUAUUCCUUGCGACCUUGUACCUUCGAGGUCAGAUCGUCCUGCAUCAGAGGUAUCUGGGUCCUGGCCGGACUAUUCCUCAAUAUGCCAGAUCACGAAAGAUCGGUAUCGAGGCUGCCCUGACACUCCUGCAGCAUCAAUGGACGCUGUAUCUCGAAACUCAAGUUGGCGGUCCCUUGUGUCGACAUGGCUGGAAGUUCUUAACGAUACUGAAUCCUGAUUUCCUCUACGCAACGGCGAUUUUGUGUGCAGAACUCGCACAGGAUUUGACGAGCAACGUGUCUGUAGCCGACACAGAGUCCGAGGGAGAUCGCGUCUUUCAUUCUCUGAGCAGCGCGUACAUCGUCUGGCUGCACUCGAAUGACGCUACUCGAGCCGUGAAAACAAUCGUGGCGGCGGUGAGGGAUUUAUUGGGUAAAGCGCAGACUGCGGGAUACGGCAUAGCGAGAGCAGGAGCCCAAAUGACGAGCACUGGAAAGCAUGGUGAGCCGAGACAGCCAGAAGCCACUGCUGAUCCAUUCUUCGGGCUUGGGCAGCGCAGCGAGCCUGUGCCCAAGGCGGUAUAUCAUGGCAUAGCGAAUUUCCCCAUAUGAUGGUUUGACCAUCGAAACACACAGAUGGCGUCCAUGGACUACGUCUCAGUAAUUUUAAAUACCAUCUUGACGGGAAGAAGACGAGUGGCACAGUGGGCCGGGCAGCAGCUCCUUUAGACGUGCUCCAUUUCGACGCGCGUGGGAGCUUUUGUUUUCCGCGUCUCCAAAUAAAGUCGUAAGUUAGAAGUUUUAAAUAAUGACGUCGGAUUGUGAGGAAAAGCCUCCCG